CCGACCGGUCACACGUGUGUGUCGUCGUUGUUGCAUUAUUAUUCCAUUUUUUAAAAAUUGAUUUGAUUUUGAUUUUUCAAACUUUCUGGUGGCGCUGAAUUCAAAAAACACGAAAAAAUAGGGCCGACGGGUGUUUUGCCAACAGCGACGGCGCAAGAUCAAACGUCCAUCCGUCGAAACGUUUCGAUAACAAACCGCCGUGUGGGAGGAGUGUGCCGUGUGUGUAGGAGGAGGAGGCCUGCCUUGUGUGUGUGUGUGUGUGUGUGUGCGCGAUCAGUGGUAGCAGCAGCAGCAGACCCCCGCUGUUAUUUAGACGUCCAUCAGUUUCCGCUCGACGCCUCGACCCUGCGGACGAGAAAAACAAAAAAUCCCGUCGCCUUUCGUUUUGUGUUUUGGUUUUUUUGGCGAUCGAGUUGAACUUUGAUCGUGAGCGAUAAUUGACACCGUCGUGUGGAGUCCAUCCUUCUUCUUGCUGUUAGACUCGGUGGUGUACAGUUGUGAGUGCCGUUUUCGAUCGUUUUCGUGUGGGCGGGCGAUUUGAAACACAAUUUCAAAAAAGGAUUCCGAGAAACAGCAAAAGUGUCAGGUGCGGAUCGUGAUCGGGAUGGAAUCGGCAACUAAAAUGAAAAGCGCCUCAGUCGUCAGGUCACCGUCGACGUCGCCCACCGAUUUGUCGCUGUGCAGCUCCAAACGCAAAGCCAUUUCGCACCAGUCGUCCAGCCAUCACCACCAUCACCACAACAACAACAACAACAACAACAGUAAGCGAUUCCGGUUGUCGGAAGCGGCCGAGUCGGCCGCCGCCGCCGAGGCCGAACACCAACAACAACAGCAGCAACAACAGAGAGGCCGAUCUUUGAGUAAAUCAACGGCACUGCCGGCCACUUCGUCUGGGGCCAGUUCGCCCAGCAGGGCCGGCAGCCUGGAUCACCAGCAGCAGCAGCAGAACGCUGCGGCGGCUAAAAUGCUGGGCAUGCCCGACCAGAACACGGCGUCCAUGUUGGCGGCCAUGGCGUUCGUGACGCGAGCGCGAUCGAGUUUCAUGAUCGGCGACAUUCUCAACUCGUCGAGAUGGACGGACCAGCCUCCGCAGUCGCAGCAGCACGGCCAACACCAGCACCACCACCACCCACUGUUGGGCGCCUACCACCACCACCAGGGCGGGUCCCAUCCGGCGGCGACGGCGGCGGCCCUGAUGGCCGCCUCGGCCGCCGCCCAUCAUCACGUCCCGCAACACCUCAAUCAACUGCCUCACGGCCUGCACGGCCUCCACCAUCACCACCACCUGCUGCAGCAUCCGUCGGUGAUGGAGGCCGUCCACCAGCACCACCACCACCAGAGCGGAGGAGGCGGACACAAUAAGAAUCUCCUGCGCCAGCCGAGAGACGGGCACAGCAGCAAGUCGGACGAGGAGGAAGACGACGGUGACUCGGAGGUCGACGUCGAAUCCAACGCCAGUUACAACAGCCGUCAAACCAACAGUCUGACGAAUAAGGAGGACGGAAACGAAGAGGAGACGGAUGCCGACGAGGAGGAAGAGGAGGAGCUGAGAAACGCCGUCGGCGGUAGCGGAAAGGUUUUGGGCGGAGGGUCAGCAGCCGGAGCGGCCGGCAAGAGCGGAGGAGGCGGUGGCGGCGGAGGAGGUACCGGAGGCAACGGCGGGGGAGCUGGCAAUUCUUCGUCGAGACCGGCCUCGUCGCCGCCGUCGCCGUCGUCGUGCGGCCGGAAGCAGCGCAAAGCCCGUACGGCCUUCACCGACCACCAGCUGCAGACGCUGGAGAAGAGCUUCGAACGCCAAAAGUACCUCAGCGUUCAGGACCGGCUGGAACUGGCCGCCAAACUCAGUCUGACCGACACCCAAGUGAAAACUUGGUACCAAAAUCGCAGGACCAAGUGGAAAAGACAGACGGCCGUGGGAUUGGAGCUGUUGGCAGAAGCGGGUAACUAUGCGACGCUUCAGCGUCUAUACGCCGGAUCGGCGGCCGCAGCCGCAGCCGCCGCAGCCGCCUCGUCACCUUACGCUCCCUGGGGCUAUCCAGCCGGACCGCAUCUCAACGCCUUACCUUCGAGUGCUUUGGAUUUGUAUUACCGACAAGCGGCGGCGGCUUUGAGCCAGCGAGUUAGUCCGACCGCUCUCCAGCAACAACAGCAGCAACAACAACAGCCGCCCCGAGGAGGAGUCUACCCAUCGUCGGCGGGAACGGGAGGCCCAGCGGGCGCCCUGUCGUUGUCUUUGCUGCCCGGCAACAACAGUCCCGGACAGCGCUCAUCCACCUCAUCAUCGCUGUUGAGUAAUUCGGCGGCCGGCGCUAGUGCCAACGCCGCCGCCAACGCCAGCAGCAAUCUCAGCCGGCCGUCCAGCGUUGAGAAAACCUAACACUAACGACACACACGUCUAUAUAUAAUACAAAUAACACACAGCCUCAAGCAUUCCUCUGACAGAUUCACUCGUGUUUGUACCUCUUUAAAUUUUUUCGAUCUUCUUGACACACACACAGACACACAAAAACAAACGUACACAUAACGGGCCGGCAACAACCAAGUUCUUGUUGGUUUUUUUUUCUAACUCGUUUCUAAAAUCUGUUGGGAUUUUUUUCUCUUCUUUUAAAAAGUAAUUUUUAAUUAGCGCAAUUUGACCGGAUUUUAAAUUCUCGUCUAACAACAACAACAAAAAUCCCACGCCCGCGUGUUUUUCAAACCGACACGAUAUCCCAUCCCUCUCAUCUCCUCGUAUUGUUUGUUUGAUUUUAAUUUUCUGAAAUGAUUUUUCCUAGUAGAUUAUAAAUUAUACCGACCGUGUAUAUUGUAAUGUAUCCGCUCUUCUGUGUUGCUGGGCAUCAGUUGUCUCAUUUUUCUCUAUUGUUUCGCGUUAUAUACUCAUGAUGAUAUUCCUCGGUUAUUAUUAUCAUUAAAUAACAACCGCCGGGAAAACGGGAGGGGGGGUUGUUUAUCGCUGGUCUGCUGGAUGCGGGAAAAAAUCGGGAAAUCGUGUAUUUCAUUUUCGAAUUAACGGUUGUGAAAACUUUUUUUUGUUUGCUGUCAAACUUUCCCAAUACGCGCGCUGGCGAUCAAUGAGUAGAGAAACGAACCUGUGUGCUGUGUGUAUUUCGGUUGGAACAAAAAAAAAUUUCUAUAAAUAGUUGAAAGAUAAUUGACAAGCGUCCAACAGUGCCGCAACAACAACAGCAACGGUAAACAGCGGAGAAUAGCGAAGAGAUAAAAAUAUAAGAGACCUACAUGUUGGCGGGUCUAUAAUGCAUUUGUUAGACGUCAAUGACCCCGUCGAUUGAUUGAUGAUGUUCAUAUCAUCGAGCUGAAUGAAUCCCCCCUCACAAAACCUUUUUUUUUUCUUCUCUAUUUUCUAUCGACUUGAUUCGCAUUAAGAGCGAUGGCAAUUUGAGAGCAGAUCUAUCGCAGCGUGUUAUGUUAUUAUUACAACGCGUCAUUAUUGUUUGUGUGUGUGUGUGUGUAUGUGCUCAGUGUGUGUGCGUCUCUUUGUGUGUGUGUAUGUAUUGGAAAAAAAGAGAAAGAAAGAAAGAAUGGAAGAAAGCAAAGAAAAGAAUCAGAGAUGAUAUAAUACAUGGUACGAUGUAA